AUGUCUCAAAGUUCAGGAAAGGAUGACUCUGUCAAGGCAAAGAUUGAAAGAACUACUAAAGGAGUGAAAUGCAUGGGUUUGAAGAGUUGUUCUUCCCAACCAUCUACUGUGUCAAAGAAGGCUCCUAGGAAGACGAAGACAAGAUACCCAGCAAGAAAGACAUACAUGUCCAAGGUUCAGAACAAAGAACCCACCAAUGUUCCUCUCUGUGAGGAUGUUACUGAUGAAGAGGAAAUCGAUGCUGAAGACUCUCCUGCGAAAUCGCCUCCUAAUGUUGUGCCUGAUGUUGAGACAUCUGGGUCUAAGGAAAUUUUUGCCAAAGAAAAUCCUGGAAAGGAUUCCACUUCUCAUGAAGAUUCAGGCGAUGCUACUCAGCCUGCUAUCUCUGUAUCAUCCUCUUCAAAGGAUGUUGAUCCAAAGAAUGGUAAUUCUGAGGAUACCAUUUCUGCAGAGCCAACCCAGGCUCCAGCCCCUGUUCAGGACAUCUCUGAUGAUGAUUCUGAUGAUGAGCCCCUGGUUAAGUCCAUUCCUGAUAGCGUUGCUGCCAGAAUGAAAAGAAAAAUAAGGGUCUCUACUCCAGAAGUCACCCCUACUCCACCAAAGAGAUCCAAGUCAUCUCCUGUAACCUACAAAUCUAGACAAGCAAGUGUGAAGGAUAAGGGAAAGCAAAAGGCUGUCAAGACUCCAAGUGAGAAGAAGAAAAGGAAGAUUCCAGUUGAUGUUGAAGAAUCUGAGUCAGAUGCCGAAGCCGAUGUCCUGGACAUUCGACCCUCUGAGAAAAAGAAGUUUUCUGGUAUGAUGAAGACUAUCCAGAAUGUUGGAAGGAAGGUUUUUGUGAGGGCUGAAUGUGUUGUGUUCUCACCUGCGGUGAUAAAUCAAGCACUUGGAAGAAGUGCUAUUGAAUUUGCUGAUGAAGAAGUCUCCAUGGAUGAUGAUUGGUGCUAUGAAUUGGGUUCCUACACAACAUACCUCUGGUGUUUCUGCAUCUCUUUCCAAAUUGAUCUAUAUGAUUGGCAAGUCUAUUGCUUUUGA